CUCGCAUCUAUUCUCCGAGUUAUAUUCGACUUUCGUUUUCUCGUCCCAUUCGCUACAUACAAAAUGUUUGCGUUAAAGGCUGCCUUUAUCCUGUCUGCUUCUACCGCAGUGUUUGCCCACCCUCUUAUUCGUGCUCGAACUGAAGGCGGGAGCAAGUGUUCGUCUGGCUCUAUGCAGUGCUGCGACUCAAUCGCCCCCGCCGGUUCCACUGGAGAUAGUUCGCUCGGUGGCCUAAUCCCCGUCAACCUUCAGGGACUUAACGUUCCGAUCGGAGUGAACUGUAAUCCGGUGAAUGUCCCUGGACUCGGGACAUCGGGAACCUGUUCAACGCAGACCGCAUGCUGCGAUAACAACAAUAGUUCGGGCCUCAUUCCUCUCGGUAUCAACUGCUCCCCGAUAAACGCCGGCCUCUGAUCGCCUACUAUCUUCAAAACAUGCGUUUAUAACUUUAUACUUGAACGCGUCCAUUCAUUUUAGUACAACUUGAUAUCCUUCGCCUAUUCGUUUGAUACCCC